GGAGCUGAGCUGCGCUGCGCUGGACUGAGCAGCACCGCGGACAGCGCCCGGCCCGGGGGUCCUGCCCGCGCACCAACCCACUCAUCUUGACACGCACUCCGCUGCACAAUGGCAGAGUUCCACCUGCAGUCGUCCCUCAUCUCAGCCUCACAGUUUUUCGAGAUCUGGCUUCACUUCGACGCUGAUGGAAGUGGGUACCUGGAAGGGAAGGAGCUGCAGAACCUGAUCCAGGAGUUGCAGCAGGCGCGGAAGAAGGCCGGACUGGAGUUAUCGCCUGAGAUGAAAACAUUUGUGGAUCAGUACGGGCAGAGAGAUGACGGAAAAAUAGGAAUUGUAGAGCUGGCUCACGUGUUACCCACAGAAGAGAACUUCCUGCUUCUGUUCCGAUGCCAACAGCUGAAGUCCUGUGAGGAGUUCAUGAAGACAUGGAGAAAAUACGACACUGACCACAGUGGCUUCAUAGAAACAGAGGAGCUGAAGAACUUUCUGAAGGACCUGCUGGAAAAAGCAAACAAGGCUGUUGAUGAUACAAAACUGGCCGAAUAUACAGACCUAAUGCUGAAAUUAUUUGAUACAAAUAAUGAUGGGAAGCUGGAAUUAACUGAGAUGGCCAGGUUACUACCAGUGCAGGAAAAUUUUCUUCUUAAGUUUCAGGGAAUCAAAAUGUGUGGGAAGGAGUUCAAUAAAGCUUUCGAGUUAUAUGAUCAGGACGGCAAUGGAUACAUAGAUGAAAAUGAACUGGAUGCUUUACUGAGGGAUCUGUGCGAGAAAAACAAACAGGAUCUGGACAGUAACAAUAUCCCUACCUACAAGAAGAGCAUCAUGGCUUUGUCGGAUGGAGGGAAACUGUACCGGACUGACCUUGCCCUCAUUCUCUGUGCUGAGGAUAACUAGGGUUGUGACUGCAGUCACUCAC